UACCUACUUAGGUAGAUAUACGACUUGCAGUAUUGCGAGGCUAUAAAGGGAUUCGCUGAGUCGCAUCUCCUCUCGAUCAACAAUUCGCACAGCCUUUAGCACACACUGCCCCGGAGCCCCUAGACAACACAUCUCAAUCAUAGCCAUGUGUAAUACCUCCCCUCCUCCGACACCUUCGGCACCUCGGGCGUCAGGAUCCUUCAAGAGAAGAUUCAAGGGAAUUACAUCGCCUUGCGAAUGGGUAGAAGAGUAUCAUCCUGGUGGUUAUCAUCCCGUCGUCUUAGGCGACGUCUUCCACAAUGGUCAAUACAAAGUUAUUCGAAAGCUUGGCGAAGGCUCAUUCUCGACUGUCUGGUUGGCUCGUGAUUUGAGGAACAAUAAAUAUGUGGCUAUGAAGGUUGCCGUUUCGGAAGUCUCAGAACCCAGCAACGAGACUGUAAUCUUGCGACUCCUGGGCCAAGCCUCAGAAGGCCCAAAGUAUAUUACGCAGCUGUUAGAUGAGUUCAACCAUGAGGGGCCUAACGGGGUCCAUACGUGCUUGCUUUUUGAACCUAUGGGUCCAACUGUGAACACCAUGGUAGAAGAGCUCCCCCCGUUCAGAGGCCACCCCUAUCUCCCCGGCGUCAUAAAACGCUAUCCAUAUUGGAUGGCAAAGGGUAUCCUCAAGCAAUCUCUGCAAGCCUUGGUGUUUUUGCACGAAAAUGGCAUUGCACACGGCGAUUUUCAGCCAGGGAAUAUGCUCUUCACGCUUCGUAACAUCGACUCGACGCCUGAGAACGAACUCCGUCAAAAAGAAGAUGUGCAAGCCCGUUUGAUUUCACCCCCGGUAGAGAGGUUAGAUGGAAAGCAGGAUAGAUGGGCCCCUCCAUAUCUUUGCAUUGCACAACCGCUUGUAUACCCGACCGACUAUGCUCAAGAUUUCGCGAUCAAGUUAUCCGAUAUGGGUGGGGCCUAUUUUGUCAAGGAGCCGCCGGCCAAGCCUAUUACCCCAGCCGGCCUCCGAACACCUGAAUACGUACUUACCGGCGCCUUUGAUUAUACCAUGGACAUCUGGAGCUUUGGUUGCCUGCUAUUCGAGCUUCUCACAGGACGCCCCCUUUUCUGUAUACCAUGGUACCCAACUCAAACUGAGCAAGAUGAUGAGCACCUCCGAUUAAUGACCGCUCGUCUCGGGCCACUCCCUGGUAACCUCUACCAGCACUGGAAAACAUCCUCGUUUUACUUUACACCCGAGAGAAAGCUCUACAAUUGUCAGCUUGGGGGGGUCCCUGAAGGUGAGGAGCCACUUAUGCUGGAAGAACCAACCAUGGAAGAGGCAUUUGAUCAGGCAGGACUAGACAUUGACGAGGAAGAAGCGCGCAAAGUCAAAGCGCUUGUUCGGAGAAUUCUGCACUACACUCCCUCAAAACGGCCCUCUGCUGCUGAAGUGCUACGUGAUCCGUGCUUCCUUAAGGAUGAGGCUAGGUAGCCUACAAAAACUAUAGUGGGAUGUGGCCGGGGUUGGCACAUGGCCAUGUUUAGCUUGCUUUCCCGUAUUCAGCCAGAACCUUAUCACGCUGUUC